CGGCAGGGGGCGCGCUGUCGAGAGCGGGGAAGGCGGGCGCCGGCAGGGUGAGGGAUGGCCGAGUGCGUGAGGGACAACGCGGCGGAGCCCGAGCUCAAGAUGCACAAAGCCAACGGCAGCGGGGAUGGCGAUGGCGACGGGGGAGCGGCGGAGGCGCCGCGGAGCCGGUUCAACCUGGGCAGCUUCCGGCUGGAGAAGAUCCUCCGCGGGAGCGCGCGGGACAAGACGGUGUUCGUGCACGGCAAGGUUAAAGAAGACUGUGGUGAUGAUCAAGAUGCCGUGAUCAUUCUCGAGAAGACUCCUUUCCGCGAGGAAACACUGCCACAGCUUCUCAACAAGAAUGCAGAUCUUCGUCUUCAAAUGCAGAAUGACAUCUACAGCACACACCACCUUCAUGCACCUUCGGCCCUCAAUGAAAUAAAGACCACAGUGGUAUAUCCAGCUACAGAGAAGCAUAUCAAGAAGUACCUGCAGCAGGAGAUGCACUUGAUUAAUGAAACAGCAAAUGACUACAAGAAUAUUACCGCUCCAUACCUUCAAUCCCAGUCCUUCAGUAUUCAGUGGGUGUACAACAUUCUGGAAAAGAAGGCUGAAGCAGAUCGAAUAAUUCAUGAAAAUCCGGACCCAAAAAAUGGCUUCAUUCUUAUUCCAGACUUCAAGUGGAAUCAAAAGCAGAUUGAUGACUUGUAUGCGAUUGCUAUUGCCCACCGCCGAGAGGUGAAGUCACUGCGGGAUCUGACAGCAGAGCAUCUGCCGAUGCUACAGACCAUACUACAGGAGGGACAGAUGGCUAUCUUUAAGCGAUAUAAUGUUCCAAAGAGCAGCCUGAGGAUUUACCUCCAUUAUCAGCCCUCCUACUACCACCUGCAUGUUCAUUUCACUGCUGUUGGCUACGAUGCUCCAGGCACCAUGGUGGAACGUGCACAUCUACUCUCCAGUGUGAUAGAGAACCUGCAGUUGGAUCCGGAGUACUACCAGAAACAAACCCUGACCUUUGCCUUGAAGGCUGAUGACCCCCUGCUGCAGAGGUUCAAGGAGGAAGGGAGAUUAUAGAUGAGUUUUUUUUUCAUGUGUAAUUGAUCCAUGCAGUUUACGCUUUGAACGGAUGUGACUAGUUGGUGCAUGCGCGUUGACUCAGGUUUUACAGUUUUAUAAAUAAAGGAUACAAAUCACA